UUAGCGGUUUCACACGAUGCCAUGACGCUGCAAACUGCGCGUGGGCUCAGUGACCAAGGAUGGUUCCAGGACAUGUUGGUGGCCCUGGGGCUGGCGAAGAGCAUCACUCCACGGAAACCGGGGUCAGGCACUCCCAUGCGGGGAUUGCGUCGAAUCAAGACCAGUGGCCCGCAGACACACAAACUUCCGUUUGUAGUCAUGUGGGGCGUCACCCUGGUCACCGCGGUGACGAUGGCAGUGAUCAAUUUUUUCACCAUUUGGAUCAUUUCCUUCGCAGUGUCGUGGAAAUUCAGCACCUUGCAGCUCAUGGUGGACAACCUCGGUGUGUGGUUUGCGAUCCUGGGGUUCACGGGCAUUUGCUCUUGCAUAGCGCUUUGUUGCACAAUCUUUAUCUUCACUUGCGCCCCUGCUGCGGGUGGUUCUGGAGCACCUGAGAACAAAGGCUUUCUCAACGGGAAUGAAAUUCCAGAGCUGUUUACCUUCCAGAAUCUGAUUGGAAGAGCCAUUGCGACGAUGUUGGCAAAUGUCACAGGCUAUCCUGUUGGCCGUGAGGGGCCUACAGUGACGAUGGGGAGCAACUUGGCCUAUCUCAUUACGCACGUUGCGGCGUUGCCUUUCGUUCGCCAGUGGGUUGAUGUGGAUGCACCAGGCUCUGCAACAUCUGCGGCGACGAUGAUCGAUGAGGAUCGCUUCGAACAUGCAAAGCGUAUCGUGUGCACCGUCGGGGGUGCAUGCGGCAUGGCCAUGUUGUUCGACUCUCCCAUCGGUGGCAUUGUGUACAUGUUCGAAGAGAUCACCUCUUCAUCCUGGCCAGUGGAGGUCACCUUUCGCGCGUUCGCGGGCACGUCCGUUUGUGCGUUGGUGUCACGCGCGCUGCUGAACAUGUGUGGGACAUCCACGAAGGCAUUUGUGAUCUACGAAUGGAAUCCACAGCCGACCGGUUGGAGCUGGCGUGAUGUGCCUUUCUUCAUUCUACUGGCGGUGAUGAUUGGCCCUUUCAGUGCCUUCCACACCAAAGCGUGUUUGGCGGUGGCUGCUGCCAGGCAGAGCGUGAUGAAGAGGUUGUCCUCGUACGAACCUUUCAACAAAAUGGCGGAUGCAGUUCUCUAUGGAGGGAUCGUUGCAUUGACUUAUUCUCUUGUGGCUUUAUCAGCCAAUUGCAAGCAUACGGCGCAGGAUGCAGUUCAGUUUGUGCGCUAUGAUUGCGAGGAAGGCAAAUACAAUCCAGUGGCCUCUCUCCUGUUGACCACCUCAGAGGGUGCCGUUAAGCGGCUCUUUUCGAGGCAUGAUGCCAACGAGAUUCAUUUUAGGAAUGAGCUCUUGGCCUUUUUGUCAUACACAAGCCUGAAUAUUGGACUGACAGGAGUGCCAGUCCCAUCGGGGAAUUUCACGGGAUCGAUGCUCAUUGGCGGGCUCAUUGGCCGCAUGAUGGGUGCUCUAGUCCGAGACUAUGGUCCUGGAAUGGCAGUGUCUGGUGUCUAUGCAAUGGUUGGUAGUGCCUCGAUGCUUGCCGGCUUCAAACAGAUGGCAGUGGCUGUGGUGGUUUUCAUCACAGGAGCUGCCAAUGAUCUUGGCCUCAUUCCUCCGUUGAUGUUGGCUGUUACCAUUUCGUUGCUGCUGAACAAGCUGAUCAACGAAAGAGGUUUCGAUGAGGAACAAAUCCUCAGAAAAGCAAUCCCAUUUUUGCCGCCGGAGCCGCCUCGGCUGAUGGACCGCGUGGUGGCCUUGGACUUGCGGGACGACCUGCCCAGCGAAGCCACCUUGGAACCCGAGGCGGACUACCGAAGCAUUGAGGCCGCGCUUCAACAAGACAAGGUGGACUGCUUUCCUGUUUUGAAGGACAACAUCUGCAUCGGCUUCACGACCCGGGCACGUCUUCAAGCAGCUUUGGAGGUGUGGCAGGCCACGGGCUUCGUGGAACAUCCACCUGGAGUACCCAGACCCAAGGCGAAUUCGGAUGCUGGGGGUGAGCAGAUGGGCAAGUGGAUUUCCGCUACAGUUGCAAGGGAGUCCAGCUUUUCCGGGAACGUGUUGCCAGUGAAGCGGCUCACAGAGCGUGCUCCAUAUACAAUCCUGGAGGACAUGCCUGGGCCGCGCUUAUAUGCGCUCUUUGCCAAGGCUGGAGCGAAAGCUGCUUGCGUCAUCAGCGAAAAUGGCCAGUUUCGGGGCAUGAUUUCGCGGAAGGGAUUGAUUUCCACUGCUCGCCGAUAUGAAGAGGCAUCAGACCAAGCACAGUACGAUGAAACGAUUGCAGAUGAGGACGAGGAGCAAAGUCUAGUAAUCCCUUCUCCACCAUGAAGUGAUCCUGUUGUGAUUUCUUUUAAGGGAGUUUUGUCUCACAAAGAGUCAGUUCGGCCUCUGCCUCAAGUGCAGAAGUAAAAGCAAAGCAAAGUCACAGAAUGUCA